AAGACCCAAUGCAGCCAAAAAUAAAUGAAUUAAUUUAAAAAAAAAAAGAAAGAGUUGGGUGAGUCAGAGGUGUGAGGUCAAAGUUGGUACUUAGUCUCUAGAGAGGGCUGUAUCAGCUAGCUGCUGCCACAUAACAAAUAACCCCCAACUUUAGAGGCUGUUCUGGUUACUGUUGCUGUUUAACAAAUUACCCCAAAAUGUAGCAGCUUAAUGGAACAAUUGUAUUAUGCUCACAGGUUUUAUGGGCCAAGAAUUUGACAUGGAAUUUGACAUAGUGGGUCUCUGCUCCAUGAUGUCUGCAGUCUUGGCUGGGAAGACUCACAGGCUGGGGGCUGAGGGCUUGUUCAUAUGCCAUGAAUGGCACCUGGGCUGGGAUGACUUGAAGAUAAGACCAUCAACCAGAGCGUCUACUCAUGGUCUGUCCAUGUGUCUAGCUUAGGCUUCCCCAUAGCGUGGUGGCCUCAGAGCGUUCAGAAUUCUAUUAAGGUGGCUUAGGGCUUCCAGGGUAAAUGUCCUGGUGGACAUGGCAGAAACUGAAUUGACUCUUACGACCUAGCUUCAGAAGUCACAUAGUGGCACUUCUGUUGCACUGUCCUGGUUGAAGUAGGCACAAAGUUUCCUGAAUUCAAGAGGACUGGCAAGAUCGCACUUUGGUAGAUCAUGGGAGGUUGGAGACAUUAUUUCAGCCAUCUUUGGAAAACACAAUGCGCCACAGUGGAUUAAAACAAAACGGUGAUUCUAAUGGUUGGAAUUUGGCCUUGGGUACCUCUGGCUACUUCUGUCUUACCUGGGUGUGUACAGCUGUAGGUCAGCUAGGCGGCUCUGCUUCUAGGGUUUGGCUGGCUGUGAGCUGGGAUGAUAGAGGUGAUGGGCAUGUGUCUCUUGUCCUCCAAAAGGCUAGCCUGGACUUUGUCACAUGGCAGCUGGGCAAAGAGUAGGCUCAGAAACGCACACCAUCACUUCCACCAUAUUCUGUUGGCCAAGGCAAGUCAAAAGGCCAGCCCAAGUUCAAGGGUUGGAUAAUAAACAGGAGGAGCUCUAAACAGUGGGACUCGGGAGAAGAGUUUUUGGCCCCAGUGGACUUUUUUUCUGAUCCCCUUACCAUCAGUCCUCUCUCAUUUUGCUGGGCCUCUCUUCUCAAUCAGUGGAUUCACAGAGUACAGUCCUUGACCCACGGAAGGCUUUGAGAGUCCUUGUGAUGGGCUGCAAAGAUGUCUAGAAAUGCCAACUCGUUUGUGUCAGGUUGUGUUUGACUGCAAAUAACGGAAAACCUAACAGUGGCUUAAACUGUAAGGAUUAAGAAGUCUGGAGGCAGGCAACCCAUCAGGAGUUGUUAAGAACCUAGUCUUUUUCUCUCCUCUCAUCAGUUAUCCUCCGUAGGUAGGCUUAUCAGCCUCAGAUUUAUUGCCUCAUGAUUGCAAAAUAGCUGCCACAGCUCCAGUCUUCUCAACUGUAUUCAAAGCUGGAAGCAGGAAGCAAAAGACUUUCUCUGUAGAGAAGCUCUGUCUUUAUAUUCUGGAAGAAAAACUUCCCCAAAUUCUGUCUUCCCCAGAAGAUUCAUUGAGCAGAACCCCACUCUGUACACUUUGGCUUUUACUGAUUUGCAAAACUAUGGCUAGCCUAGCUGCUAGGAAGCCUGGGAAAGUGAAUGGCUGAUAAAGGGGAUAGCAGUGCCCCUGGCCUCGUCCAAUUAUUUUAAAGCUAUUUUGGCCACAACCCACAGUAGGAAAUAUGUACACACAGAGACACACAUAAUUGAAACCAGUAUCACAAACUGGUCCUUUUGCUUACCCUGUGUGAUGCUUUUUAGUAUUUUCUAUUCUAUCCCAUUCCAUUUGACCCUAUACUCUUUAACUUAAAAAAAAAAAUUCCUUGUCGCAACCUGCUAAUUUGAUUUCACAACCCUCAAAGGCAUGACCCAUAGUUUGAAAAAGACUGACUGACUCAGAACAGCGUUUGUUUACAUCUUGGAAUUGGCAGGGGUUACCCCGAGCAGCACCAGGCUUCUGUGAGCAAGGCGAGGAGGGGUGGGGAAACGGUGUUUGGAAAAGCAACAGCUAGACUUUGCCACAUCCUCUUCUCCACCUAUCACUUCCCAUCAGCAAAUGGUAGAGUUCCGUUGACUUUCAUUUUUAUGACUUGCAAAUAACCCGAGGGUUACUAGCAUUAAAUUAAAUCUAAAUUAAAAUUAGCCUGUUUCUGGAGCUUCGCGGGGACUUUUAAUUCUGUAUCCUGCUCAGCAGCCUGGCUUCUGCACAACUCCUGAUGACAACGCAAAACUCCAAUGGCAUUCCAAGUGCCGGAGGAAUUCACACGAUUUUCUGGAAGGACACUUUGUCAUUGUUGCAUCAUGGCUGUUCUCUUGAGCUGGUUGUGGUUUCGCAAGCCCAGCUUUUCCUGCUUUUUAUAGCCCAGUGGUGGAGAAUGAGGUUCUUCAGAAUCACAGGGUCUGAGUUCAAAUUCUGGCCUCACAGUGUGGUUUGGGGCAAGUGUCCUGACCCCUGGGAGCCUCAGUUUCCUGUGCUGUGGGAAACGUUCCUCCUGCCUCCCCGGGGACUGGGAGGAAUCAAUAGAUGUGGGGUUAGCCCAGGGCCUGAUACCAAGGAAGCACUGGGACAGGGUGGGCUCUUCCGAGAUGUAUCAGUCAGCUUCGGCUGAGUGACUUGCAGUAAUGAGUGAGCCCUGGAUCUCAGUGGCUGACAACAGCAAAGGCUCCUCUCUCGCUCAUGUGUCCGAGCUUCGUGCAUUGGCUGUGGCUCUGUCCACGUAUCCAUGUCAUGCCAGGACUUGGGCAGAACCAUGCGAUGGCUUUUAAAGCUUCUGCUCUGAAGGGACGCAAGACGUCCACUCCCCUGUGCGUAAUUUGGGGUUGCAGCUUUGCAUGCUCAUUGUGUGUCCCCCGCCUCCCCUGGUCACUUUUUCAAAAGCUUUUUGAGUAUGUGUGUGUCGAGGAAGGAGAGGGACGUCUAAUGUCACCCCUGGUUGAGAACCACUAGUCAUGAUCUUCCCCAAAGUCAAGGACUGGGUCUGCUUUUGUUCGUUACGGUAUCCUCAGCGCUCCCCCAUGCUGGCCACAGAGCGGGAGAUUAGUAAAUGCCUUUCUCACCAGGCUGCUCUUUGAACGAAUGAUUGGGUUUGUUUAACCCCCUGUGCAAAUUCAUUUGUUCACCCCACAAAUAUUUAGUGACACCCUACCAUGUGCCAUGCUCUGUGCAGGCUCUGGGUGUCCCACAGGGAACAAAACAGACAAAAAUCCCUGUCCUUGGGGGGGUUGACAUUUUGGUGGGGGAGACAGACAAUAAAAACUCAGAGAGACGUAUGAUCUUUUGAUGUUCAAGUAUUUUCAAAGUAAAACAUUUUCAUUUUGGAAAACCACAAAUGUGCACAAAGUAGAAUAAGUAAAACGUGGACCCCAUCAACCAACUCUUUGCCAAUUUUCAGUUUUCCGCCACUCUGACAGACCAGCGCUGUCCAAGAGAGCUUUCUGCCACCAUGGGAAUGUUCUAGAUCUGCGGUGUCCUGUGUGGUAGCCACCAGCCACGUGUGGCUGUCAAGCCCACGAAAUGCCGCCACCGUGACUGCGAACUAAAUGUUUAAUUUCCUUUACACUUUUAAGCUGGCCCCCGAAAGGACGCUCCCCACGUCCCCAGCUGGGGCCCCUGCGUAGACCUGGAGUGGACACCCCCUCCUUCCCUUCAUGAUUCGUUUGUAGCGCAGUGGCGAUGGAUGAUGAGGAUGGGAGAUGCUUACUAGACGUGAUUUGUGACCCUCAGGCCCUCAAUGACUUCCUACAUGGAUCUGAGAAGCUUGACAGUGAUGACCUCCUGGAUAAUCCCGGGGAGGCCCAAAGUGCCUUCUAUGAAGGUCCUGGGCUCCACGUGCAAGAAGCUUCUGGCAACCACUUGAACCCAGAGCCCAGCCAGCCGGCCCCCAGCGUGGACCUCGACUUCCUGGAAGAUGAUAUCCUGGGCUCACCGGCGGCGGGGGGCGGGGGCGGCGGGGGCGCCGACCAGCCCUGUGACAUCCUCCAGCAGAGCCUCCAGGAGGCCAACAUCACCGAGCAGACACUCGAAGCCGAGGCCGAGCUGGACCUGGGCCCCUUCCAGCUGCCCACGCUGCAGCCUGCGGAUGGCGGGGCUGGCCCAGCGGGGACCGGAGGGGCUGCCGCCGUGGCCACGGGGCCCCAGGCCCUCUUCCCGGGUGGGGCUGACCUGCUGGGGCUGCAGGCCCCGCCCACCGUGCUGACCCACCAGGCCCUGGUGCCGCCCCAGGACGUGGUCAGCAAAGCCCUCAGUGUCCAGCCCUUCCUGCAGCCCGUGGGCCUGGGCAACGUGACCCUGCAGCCCAUCCCAGGCCUUCAGGGCCUGCCCAACGGCAGCCCCGGGGGCGCCGCGGCGGCUACUCUCGGCCUGGCUCCCAUCCAGGUGGUGGGCCAGCCCGUCAUGGCACUCAACCCGCCCACCUCCCAGCUCCUGGCCAAGCAGGUGCCCGUCAGCGGUUAUCUGGCCUCGGCAGCUGGCCCUUCAGAGCCAGUGACCCUGGCAUCGGCCGGCGUCUCGCCGCAGGGGGCUGGCCUGGUCAUCCAGAAGAACCUCCCUGCCGCCGUGGCCACCACGCUCAAUGGGAACUCGGUGUUCGGAGGGGCGGGAGCCGCCACGGCCGCGGCCAGCGGGGCGCCCUCGGGACAGCCGCUGGCGGUGGCCCCGGGCCUCGGCACGUCGCCACUGGUUCCGGCGCCCAACGUGAUCCUGCACCGCACGCCCACGCCCAUCCAGCCCAAGCCUGCCGGCGUGCUGCCCCCCAAGCUCUACCAGCUGACACCCAAGCCGUUCGCCCCCGCGGGCGCCACGCUCACCAUCCAGGGCGAGGCAGGGGGCCUCCCACAGCAGCCCAAGGCCCCCCAGAACCUGACUUUCAUGGCGGCGGGCAAGGCCGGCCAGAACGUGGUGCUGUCGGGCUUCCCGGCGCCCGCCCUGCAGGCGAACGUCUUCAAGCAGCCUCCCGCCACCACCACGGGCGGGGCCCCGCCGCAACCCCCCGGGGCCCUGAGCAAGCCCAUGAGCGUGCACCUCCUGAAUCAAGGCAGCAGCAUCGUCAUCCCCGCCCAGCACAUGCUGCCGGGCCAGAACCAGUUCUUGCUGCCCGGCACGUCGGCAGUCCAGCUCCCCCAGCCGCUCUCGGCCCUGCCGGCCAACGUGGGCGGGCAGAUCCUGGCGGCCGCAGCCCCCCACGCGGGCGGACAGCUCAUCGCCAACCCCAUCCUCACCAACCAGAACCUGGCGGGCCCGCUGAGCCUGGGCCCUGUGCUGGCCCCCCACUCCGGGGCCCACAGCGCAGCCCACAUCCUCUCGGCGGCCCCCAUCCAGGUGGGCCAGCCAGCGCUCUUCCAGAUGCCCGUGUCGCUGGCCGCGGGCAGCCUGCCCACACAGAGCCAGCCGGCACCCACCGGCCCCGGCGCCACUACCGUCCUCCAGGGGGUCACUCUGCCCCCCAGCGCCGUGGCUAUGCUCAACGCCCCCGACGGUCUGGUGCAGCCCGCCACCCCUGCCGCCGCCGCCGCUGGGGAGGCCGCGCCUGUCCUCGCAGUGCAGACGGCGCCCCAGGCGUCCCCCGCGGUCAGCACGCCGCUGCCUCUGGGCCUCCAGCAGCCGCAGGCACAGCAACAGCAGCAGCCCGCACAGGGCCCUGCCCCGCAGGCCGCCCCGGCUCAGGCCUCCACCCCCCAGCCCAGCCCAGGCCUGGCGUCCAGCCCGGAGAAGAUGGUCCUGGGGCAGCCGCCCUCUGCCGCCGCCACGGCCAUCCUCACUCAGGACUCCCUGCAGAUGUUCCUGCCCCAGGAGAGGAGCCAGCAGCCCCUCUCCACAGAGGGCCCCCACCUCUCCGUGCCCGCCUCGGUCAUAGUCAGCGCCCCGCCUCCCGCCCAAGACCCAGCCCUGACCACCCCCGUCACCAAAGGAGCUGGCCUUGGCCCUCAGGCCCCCGACAGCCAGGCCUCCCCGGCGCCGGCCCCCCAGAUCCCAGCGGCGGCUCCGCUGAAGGGCCCAGGCCCCUCGUCAUCCCCAUCACUACCUCACCAGGCCCCGCUGGGAGACAGCCCUCACCUGCCCUCCCCGCACCCUCCGCGGCCCCCUUCCCGCCCGCCCUCCCGACCCCACUCCCGCCCACCUUCGCAGCCCCAGAGCUUGUCCCGGCCACCCUCAGAGCCCGCCCUGCACCCUUGCCCUCCGCCCCAGGCCCCCCCCACUCUGCCUAGCAUCUUUGUCAUCCAGAACCAGCUGGGCGUCCCCCCACCUGCGAGCACGCCGGCCCCCAGUGCCCCAGGCCCACCGCAGCCCCCUCUGCGACCCCCCUCCCAGCCCUUGGAGGGGCCACUGGCCCCAGCCUCCACCUCCUCUGUCGUGGCCUCCUCCUCCGAGACGUCCUCCAGGCUGCCAGCCCCCACGCCGCCCGACUUCCAGCUCCAGUUCCCCCCUGGCCAGGGGCCCCACAAGUCCCCCACGCCCCCUCCGACCCUCCACCUGGUCCCCGAGCCCGCCGCGCCCCCCGCCCCGCCUCCUCGGACCUUCCAGAUGGUGGCCACCCCCUUCCCGGCGCUGCCCCAGCCGAAGGCUCUUCUCGAGAGAUUUCACCAGGUGCCGUCCGGAAUCAUCCUCCAGAGCAAGGCUGUGGGCGCCCCCGCCGCCCCGCAGACCUCCGCCAGCCUGGGGCCCCUCGGCAGCCCCACCGCCUCCGGGCUGGUCAGUGGGCAGGCCCCAUCUGGGACCUCCACCGCCCCCAGCCAUGCCCCGGCCCCGGCGCCCGUGGCCACUGCAGGCCUCCCUCCUCUGCUUCCCGCCGAGAGCAAAGCCUUUGCCAGCAACCUCCCCACCCUGACUGUGGCCAAGGCCGCUGCAUCUGGGCCAGGGAAGUCCUCCGGGCUGCAGUAUGAGUGCAAGUUGAGCAGCCUGAAGAAGCCACCUACCCUUCAGCCCAGCAAAGAAGCCUGCUUCCUGGAGCAUUUGCACAAACAUCAGGGCUCCGUCCUGCACCCUGACUACAAGACGGCCUUCCCCUCCUUUGAGGACGCCCUGCAUCGCCUCCUGCCCUACCACGUCUACCAGGGUGCCCUCCCCUCCCCCAACGACUACCACAAAGUGGACGAGGAGUUUGAGACGGUUUCCACGCAGCUGCUGAAACGCACCCAGGCCAUGCUCAAUAAAUACCGCCUCCUGCUCUUGGAGGAGUCCCGGAGGGUGAGCCCCUCAGCGGAGAUGGUAAUGAUCGACCGAAUGUUCAUUCAGGAGGAAAAGACCACGCUGGCCUUGGACAAGCAGCUGGCCAAGGAGAAGCCUGAUGAGUAUGUGUCUUCCUCGCGCUCUCUCGGCCUCCCCCUCGCCGCCUCUUCCGAGGGACACCGGCUCCCCAGCCACGGCCCAUCACCGUCCUCAGCGUCUGGGGCCCCGACCCAACCCCCUCUGCACCUGCCCACCAAGCUGGUGAUCCGGCACGGUGGGGCGGGCGGCUCCCCUUCCGUGAGCUGGGCCCGGGCGUCCUCCUCCUCCCUGUCCUCAUCUGCCUUGUCCUCCGCUGCCUCCUCCCUGGACGCCGACGAGGACGGCCCGAUGCCUUCCCGUAACCGCCCGCCCAUCAAGACCUAUGAGGCCCGGAGCCGCAUUGGCCUCAAGCUCAAGAUCAAACAGGAAGCCGGACUCAGCAAGGUCGUCCACAACACAGCCCUGGACCCGGUGCACCAGACCCCGCCGCCACCCCCCGCCGCCCUCAAGGCGGCCGAGCCCCCGCCCCGGCCCCCGCCGCCGCCCCCCGCCACCGGCCAGAUGAACGGCACAGUGGACCACCCGCCGCCGCCGGCCGCUGCCGACCGCAAGCCACCGGCGCCGGCCCCCCACUGCCCCCGCCUGCCCCUCCGCAAGACCUACCGCGAGAACGUGGAGGCCUCGGGCGGCGGGGCGGCCGAGGGCGCGGCAGCGGGCAGAGCCCGGGGUGGCAGCCCGGCCCCGCUGCCCACCAAAGUGGACGAGGCCACCAGCGGGCUCAUCCGCGAGCUGGCGGCGGUGGAGGACGAGCUGUACCAGCGCAUGCUGAAGGGCGCCCCGGCCGAACCCGCGGCCGGCGCCGGGCAGGGCAGCGGCAGCCGGGAGCCCGGCUGGGAGGCGCCCCCGCUGCCCCCGGCCAAGCGGCGCAAGUCCGAGUCGCCCGACGUGGACCAGGCCAGCUUCUCCAGCGACAGCCCGCAGGACGACACGCUCACGGAACACCUCCAGAGCGCCAUCGACAGCAUCCUGAACCUCCAACAGGCCCCCGGCCGGACGCCCGCUCCCCCGUACCCACACGCCGCCCCGGCGGCGGUCACGCCUGCCUCCCCGACGCCCCUGCACAGGCCGGAGGCCUACCCGCCCUCCAGUCACAACGGUGGCCUCGGCGCCAGGACGUUGAACAGAUAACACCGGGCUGGUCUUCCCUUCCCUGUCCCCUCGCUCCGCAGGGACGCCGCGGGGAGGGGGGAGGGGGGCAGCCGGGCGUCCGACCUCAGCCUCCUGGGGGACACGAGCCGGGGACCCCUUGAGUUUUUCUUGCCUAAGUUAUUUGAGUCACAAAGGCCUCGCCCCCCACCUCCUGCUUCAGCCGGGUUGGUGGGUGGGGGUCGUGGAUUAAGGGGAGGGGCUGUAAUGUAAACUGUCCCCCUGCCAAAGGAGGGGGUAAUCCUGGUGUGUCAUUUCCUAUUUCUUCCCAUUUCCUGCACACUCCGCCCCCCCCACCGGGGGACACGUGCGCUUUUGCCAGGGAUGAGGGCUUCCUGGCUGUCCCCACUGCUCACGCGUCUCCGGGUACCGGGCCUGUCCGUGUGGCUUCACGGAUCCCUGCGUGGAGGGCGCUCAGAGCCGGCAGGUCCUUGCGAGCUGCGCUCAGCCUCUCCCCACCGCCCCCCACAGGCCGAGAAAGGAAACGCACGGGAGGGGCGGCGUGAGCCUGCAUGCCGGGACCCCCAGCUGGGAGCGCUGCGCCCGCGGGCAGCUGUGUCCCAUCCAUGUGUGCGCGUCCCGCUCCGUGUCCUAUGUCCCUCUGUGUGCGCUCGAAUGAGAACGAGAGAUUGCGAAGCCUCCAGUCCCUCGACUGAAAUCCGAGCACCUCCAAAACAGGAAACCGGGGUCUUCCUCCCACCCCCUCCCCAGCCAGUCUUCCCUCUGUUCUUCCUGCCGCCAGCCACCCACGCCAGAUUUCGAAAUCUUGGAGACAAAACUAGUACUGUAAGAUAAAUUUUUUUGUACUGUAUUUAUUGUGUAUAACGAUUUUUUUAAAGGAGAAUUCUGUACAUUUAGAACUCUUGUAAAUUAAAAAUCGAUCCUUUUUUCUAAAACUGUA